AGAGAGAGGCUGCAAUCUCCUCCCUGAAUCGCGCACAGCGCUGCAGAUCCCAGUGCUCCGACAUGCGGGCCGAAUGCAGGUGAGGAAAGAUACGGACUCUGCGGCUGCGAAGCCAAACUUGGGCGCCGCGCGGUGCGCUCGGCUCAGCCUUCACCUCCGCAGGCGAACUGCUGCUGCGGUUUCAGGCGGCGGCUUCGUGACUAAUGACCUUGCGCAGAGUUGUUAAGAAAAAAAGGAAAAGCAGCUCUCGGGGUGAGAAGGGACCGACUCUGAACAUGGCUCGGGCUGCUCUUGGGCGCGCGGGGAGAACCCGGACGCGGACCGCUCUGUAACGCGAGUGGUCUCCGUUGCUCGGUGCUCGAAGCAACCUGACGGCUAUUCUUCAUUCUCGGUCUGUGGACUGGCUCUCACUGUGCCUGAGCGGAGUCGGAGUUGAGGCUGGCUUGUUGCUGACCCCAGCGCCUCGUGCAGGAAGCGACUCACGUUUUCCUGGGCAGCCGGAGCAGGAGCUAAGGCUGGACUGAGUGGCUGAAACGUGAAUUGGACUCAACUCGAGUAGCAGCCAAGACUAGCAGGGUUGGCAGGCGGGGGAGAGGCUGCAGGCUCGCUCCCCGUCGCUUCCCGGCUCCACCGCCCGCCUGCCGGAGCGGUACCGGCCCCUUCCGACAGAGCCAGGACGGGAGCCCGGGAUUCUCCGCUUGCUGCGGGGAUGACUCCGAGGGGGGGGCGCCGAACCCUUGGCGCGCAGUGUCCCGUGAACUGUGAGUACUGCGACUGAACGGCGGCCAGCGAGCGGGCGAUUAGCACCCAUUGCAUGAAUUAUGAAACAAUAACUUUCGGAAGAAGCAGAAGGAAAAAAAAAAAAAAAGAAGGAUCUAUCGCUGAUUUCUCCUGGCCGACUCUACACACUGCUCUUGCCCCCUCCCACCUCUCCCUCUCGCUUUUUUUUUUUUUUUUCCUUUCCCGGAGAGGGGAGAGGUCUGGGAGGAGGGCAGGCGGCCGGCCCCUGAGGAGGGGGGCGCCGAGGGGGGCUGUGAUUAGAAAGAGCAGUAGCAGCAGCAGCAGGAGAAGAUGCUGAGGAUGCGGACCGCGGGGUGGGCGCGCGGCUGGUGCCUGGGCUGCUGUCUCCUCUUGCCGCUCUCGCUCAGCCUGGCCGCCGCCAAGCAACUCCUCCGGUACCGGCUGGCCGAGGAGGGCCCCGCAGACGUCCGAAUCGGCAACGUCGCCUCGGACCUGGGCAUCGUGACCGGCUCGGGCGAGGUGACGUUCAGCCUCGAGUCAGGCUCGGAGUACCUGAAGAUCGACAACCUUACGGGAGAGCUGAGCACGAGCGAGCGGCGCAUCGACCGCGAGAAGCUGCCCCAGUGUCAGAUGAUCUUCGACGAGAACGAGUGCUUCCUGGACUUCGAGGUGUCGGUGAUCGGGCCCUCGCAGAGCUGGGUGGACCUCUUCGAAGGUCGGGUCAUCGUGCUGGACAUCAACGACAACACGCCCACCUUCCCGUCGCCGGUGCUCACCCUCACGGUGGAGGAGAACAGGCCGGUGGGCACUCUGUACCUGCUUCCCACCGCCACCGACCGUGACUUCGGCCGCAACGGCAUCGAGCGCUACGAGCUGCUCCAGGAACCCGGCGGAGGUGGCGGUGAGGGUCGGCGCGCCGGGCCUGCAGACAGCGCCCCCUACCCCGGGGGCGGCGGGAACGGCGCGAGCGGCGGUGGCGGCGGCGGCGGCUCCAAGCGGCGGCCGGACGCACCAGAGGGCGGUGGCGGCGGGACCAGCCCCGGUGGCCGCAGCAGCGUGUUCGAACUGCAGGUGGCCGACACCCCGGAUGGCGAGAAGCAGCCGCAGCUGAUCGUGAAGGGGGCGCUGGACCGCGAGCAGCGCGACUCCUACGAGCUGACCCUGCGGGUGCGCGACGGCGGCGACCCGCCCCGCUCCUCCCAGGCCAUCCUGCGGGUGCUCAUCACCGACGUGAACGACAACAGCCCCCGCUUCGAGAAGAGCGUGUACGAGGCAGAUCUAGCCGAGAACAGCGCCCCGGGGACCCCUAUUCUGCAGCUGCGUGCCACCGACCUGGACGUGGGGGUCAACGGGCAGAUCGAGUACGUGUUCGGGGCGGCUACUGAGUCCGUGAGGCGGCUGCUGCGCCUGGACGAGACGUCCGGUUGGCUCAGUGUCCUGCACCGAAUAGACCGCGAGGAGGUGAACCAGCUGCGCUUCACCGUCAUGGCCCGUGACCGCGGGCAGCCCCCCAAGACCGACAAGGCCACGGUGGUCCUCAUCAUCAAGGAUGAGAACGACAACGUGCCGUCUAUUGAAAUCCGCAAGAUUGGGCGUAUCCCACUCAAGGACGGGGUGGCCAAUGUGGCCGAGGACGUUCUGGUGGACACUCCCAUCGCCCUGGUGCAGGUGUCGGACCGGGACCAAGGCGAGAAUGGUGUGGUCGCCUGCACCGUGGUGGGGGACGUGCCGUUCCAGCUCAAGCCGGCCAGCGACACAGAGGGCGACCAAAACAAGAAAAAGUACUUCCUGCACACCUCGGCCCCUUUGGACUAUGAGACCACCCGGGAGUUUAACGUGAUCAUAGUGGCGGUGGACUCCGGCGGCCCCAGCCUCUCCAGCAACAACUCCCUGAUUGUCAAGGUGGGAGACACCAACGACAACCCGCCUGUCUUCGACCAGUCCGUGGUGGAGGUCUACUUCCCGGAGAACAACAUCCCUGGAGAGAGGGUGGCCACCGUGCUGGCGACAGACGCCGACAGCGGGAAAAACGCGGAGAUAGCUUACUCCCUGGACUCUUCCGUGAUGGGGAUUUUUGCCAUCGAUCCCGAUUCUGGGGACAUCCUCGUCAACAAGGUGCUGGACCGCGAGCAGACUGACAGGUACGAGUUUAAAGUUAACGCCAAAGACAAAGGCAUCCCGGUGCUGCAGGGCAGCACCACGGUGAUCGUGCAGGUGGCUGACAAGAAUGACAACGACCCUAAGUUUAUGCAGGACGUCUUUACCUUUUACGUGAAAGAAAACUUGCAGCCCAACAGCCCCGUGGGGAUGGUCACGGUGAUGGAUGCUGACAAGGGGCGCAAUGCAGAGAUGAGCCUGUACAUCGAGGAAAACAGUAAUAUUUUUUCCAUUGAAAACGACACGGGGACCAUUUACUCUACCAUGUCUUUUGACCGGGAACAUCAGACCACAUACACAUUCAGAGUCAAGGCUGUGGACGGAGGAGAUCCUCCCAGAUCAGCCACAGCCACGGUGUCUCUCUUUGUUAUGGAUGAAAACGACAAUGCUCCCACAAUUACUCUUCCCAAAAACAUUUCCUACACUUUACUGCCACCUUCAAGUAAUGUCAGGACAGUAGUAGCUACCGUGUUGGCAACAGACAGUGACGAUGGCAUCAAUGCAGACCUUAACUACAGCAUUGUGGGAGGGAAUCCCUUCAAGCUGUUUGAGAUUGAUUCCGCCAGUGGUGUGGUUUCCUUAGUGGGGAAACUCACCCAGAAGCAUUAUGGCUUGCACAGGUUGGUGGUGCAAGUGAAUGACAGCGGGCAGCCUUCCCAGUCCACCACGGCUCUGGUGCAUGUGUUUGUCAAUGAAAGUGUCUCCAACGCAACUGUGAUUGACUCCCAGAUAGCCAGAAGUUUGCAUACCCCACUCACCCAGGAUAUAGCUGGUGACCCGAGCUAUGAAAUUAGCAAACAGAGACUUAGUAUUGUCAUCGGGGUGGUUGCUGGAAUUAUGACAGUGAUUCUAAUCAUCUUAAUUGUAGUGAUGGCAAGGUACUGCCGUUCCAAAAAUAAAAAUGGCUACGAGGCUGGCAAAAAAGAUCACGAAGACUUUUUUACGCCCCAACAGCAUGACAAAUCUAAAAAGCCUAAAAAGGACAAGAAAAACAAAAAAUCAAAGCAGCCUCUCUACAGCAGCAUUGUCACUGUAGAAGCUUCUAAGCCAAAUGGACAGAGGUACGAUAGUGUCAAUGAGAAGCUGUCAGACAGCCCCAGCAUGGGCCGAUACCGGUCAGUCAAUGGUGGGCCUGGUAGUCCUGACCUGGCUAGGCAUUACAAAUCCAGUUCCCCAUUGCCUACUGUGCAGCUUCACCCCCAGUCACCAACUGCAGGAAAAAAACACCAAGCCGUACAAGAUCUACCACCAGCCAACACAUUUGUGGGAGCAGGAGACAACAUUUCCAUUGGAUCAGAUCACUGCUCUGAAUACAGCUGUCAAACCAAUAACAAGUACAGCAAACAGCCAUUUCGUAGAGUGACGUUUUCUGUUGUGAGUCAGCCUCAGGACCCACAUCAGGGGUCACUGCAGAGUUGCUAUGACAGCGGGCUGGAGGAGUCAGAAACACCAAGCAGUAAGAGUUCAUCAGGGCCAAGACUGGGUGCCCUUCCACUCCCAGAGGACAACUAUGAAAGGACCACGCCGGAUGGCAGUGUUGGUGAGGCAGAGCAUAUGGAAAAUGAUUCAAGACCUCUUCCAGAUGUAGCCCUGACUGGGAAGUGCACCCGUGAGUGUGAUGAAUAUGGCCACUCAGACUCCUGCUGGAUGCCGGUCCGCACUUCCCCAGAGAGGAAGAAGAGCCAGCCCAAACUCUCCACUUUCAUGCCUGUUGAUGAACGAGGAAGCCAGGAAAAGCUGGCCAACGGCGAGGCUGCCGUCAUGGGUGACCGCAACAGGAACCUCCUGAACAAAAAGUUGACCUCAUCCUAUGAGACCUUCAGUGCAGCUAGUUUCAGCAAAAAUGAGGAAGCCAACCCCGAGGAUAUUCCCCUUACAAAAACAGGGGAAUACAAGCCAUCUCCUGUCAACACUCUCACUAGAAGAGAAGUUUACCUGUAGGCUGUAAAGGAGCGCCAACCAAGUUCUUUUCAUGUAUGAGAAGGAGAAUAAGGGGCAAAAAACCUUACAAAGCAAAACCAUUUAAUCAGAAAGAGGGGGCUACCAAAGAGACAAAGCUUUGCCUGCCACUUCUGCCUCCAGAUCAGGCCUUUAGUGAUACUGUUAGCCUGGUUGUAAUGUACAAUGUAGAAACCAUCCUUGUUACUUGCAUGUCUGACCCCUCACUGAUUCCCAACACCUGCUCUCCCUCUUCCCCACUACCCUCCAAAAAAAAAAAAAAAAAAGGAGAAGAAGAGAAGAAGAAAAGAAAAAGAAAAAAAAAAGAUGGUUGCAAGUUUUUUUUUCAUGGUAAUAAGCCUGAUUAGCAGAACAUGAUACAUUCAUUAUUCCUAAGCAGAAGCAUGAUUUUAGUCACUUUGAUUUAGUUCGAAUGUCAUUUGACUCGUCAAAAGAGGUAGAUCAAGUAAAUAUAUAUUUCAAAUAUAUUAUCAGAAUCUGAUCAAUCACUGGGUAAAGCAAUCCUUCAAAAAUAAUACAGUCCCUCUAAAGGUACGUACAGUCUUAUGGACAGGGGCUCUAUGAGAAGCAGUUUUGGAAGAUCCCAGCUUUAUAUUCUAUCAAAGACUGAGAGCUGAACAAUAAUACACAGUUGAAGAUUGCAGUCCCACAGUCGGCUAGAUUGUUCUUUUCAAGUCAGGAACACCAACUUCAAUUCCAUACACUCAUUGAAUAUUCUUAUUAUACACACACGGUUGACCACAUGCAUCAAUUACACUGAUUAUAAUUUGCAAACAUUGUAUGUGUAUUUUUCAGGAAAGCAUCACUAUUAUCAACUAACUGGAACAGUUGUGUCAUUAAAAGGCCAAAGAUCAUAUGGCAGAUCAGGGAAAUUAUGGAGUAGAUUUGGUCUUGACUUGGAAAUCCAUUAAGCGACAAAAGCAGCUGAACCCAUUUGCACAGAGAAAUGCUCAAACAGUUGUUUAUUUUACAUUGUCUCCAUCCCCAGAAAACAUGUGUUUUCUUUAAAAUGGAGUUUCUUUGAAAGUUUAGAAUAUGGAAAAAAUAAUGAGACAUAUUUUUCGUAUUAUAAUAGGCAGUUGAUAUUCAGGUUUGGUUUCAAAAAGUAUUAUCAGGGAAGAUUCAACUUUUUAAAGUCAUAUUUGUGAGUAGGUAGGGAAAGAUGGACACAUCAACAUGCAGCCUGAUAAAUUAAGUUCACUGUUACCAUUUCAGAAUCCGGGCAAUGCUUGCUGGUCUUAGUUAUCCACAUUUCAAAUUACCAAUCUCAUUUUUUAAGUGUUCAGUGCACACUUCCAUGUAACACAAAUGCAUUAAUUUUGAACCUUGUGCAAUGUCACAUUACUUUGAGACUGACAUCAUUGAAACAAGGCAGCACCCUAAUUGACUUUGUCACUAAUUUGAUUGGAACAUUAUUUAAUAUGUGUCUUAAAUCUGUGUCUGCACAUGGAAGAAGUGGGUUCUGGGCAGUAACAUGUCAUAAUAUAUACAUCUCAAAGUUGAAAAAUACUCAGUUUUCUUAAUAAAAAGAAGCAGAACAUGCAGACUUUAAGUCACUUGUUCUACAGAAGAUGAUUUAAUGCAACUGGAAAUUGAGCUGGGACAUUCAGACAAAAGUGACAAUCCAGUGACAGAGAUAGGGGACCAGAAGAGAAAAGAGCGAAAGUCCCCAUCAUUGAAUGUGUGUAACCUGGUGAAAGCAUAGCCUUGAUGGCUGUCUGGUGAACUGUAGAAACAAUGUAGCUUUGCAGAAUUUUUUAGACUAUACAGGGAAGCAGCCUGGAAAAUAAGUUGUUAUUUCACUAUAGGUGAUCAAAAUGCUUAUCUUUGAAAACCACUUCUCUGUUUGGUGGGCUACACUUUUGGGGUCAUUUCCUUAUGAUCUUUCUUAAAUGGAGUUUUCAUUUUGAUGUUAGCUUAUGUAUAAUAGUUAGGAUGAAAGAAGAUAUGUAAUUGAAAUAAAAACAUUGGACUAAAAUGUCAAUAAUUGAACAUGUUUAUGUUUGAUUAUUUACAUUAUGGAAAGAUGCAAUUCUAGUACUUUGUUAGGAAACUGCAUUAAAGCAGUUCUGCCUUGUAUAAUCUGUAAGUACCUAUUAAGACAAAAUACUUCUAAAGAUACUUAUGAAAUGUAUACAUAUUUUUUUCUUGCACGUUACAAAGGAAAUAUUCAAUUGCAUAACACAGGUGUUCAACAAACUUUUUAAUGCAUUUUUUUCUUUCUAUCAUGAGACACUUGAAACCAUUAGGUAUAUAGCUCAUUUCAUUCUAUCUUAAAACCCUUCUGUUGUCUAGAAAGCUAAUACGGGUCACGUCGGACCUUCAGAUUAAUUGGAUCCACACUCCCCAAUGAUGUUUGCGCCACAUUCAAGAUAGCCAUGCUAUUGUCACUUAACAUGUGAGCCUCUUUUUAGAACUAAAAUGGGUGUGAAAGAAUAAAAUUCAGUGUACUGUAAGUAUUCACAGUAAUUCUAGUAGAAUUAGCUAUCAUAACAUGUUUAUUAUAUAAUGAGCUGGCAUGACACAGAAAUAUAUUUUGUGUUUGUAUGACUUUUAUUUUGAAUAGGUUAAAUAUGGUGCCACUCCAUAUAUAGAGUGCUUUUGAAAAAAAUUUUAAAAGAAACAAAAAAAUAAUAAAUGAGUGAAUGCAAAAUAAGCAACUGUGCCUUUUAUACCUGAUGUUAUGGUGAAAAAACGGUUGUUGGGUUUGGACGACGAGGGGUAAUGGGCUAUUCCCGACUUUUUUGAUCCUGUAUAUUUAUCCAUGUUUAUUUUCUGAAAAUAAUAAAUAAUAUAUUAAAAAUUUGCCUUCUGACAAACUCAGAUAAUGGACCAGUCUUAAAUAUUGUUCAUUCAUACAACAAAAUUAGAACAUUAAUAUGGGCUGCUUAAUUCUGACUAGAAGGCUAAAAAGCAUUUAUUGUAAUAGUAACACAGGAAGAUAUUAUCAGGGGUGAAAUCAGCCCAUCUUGCAAGAUGAAAUAUUGAUUUAGAAUUUCCAUUCUUUAUUUACUUUUUGUUGUUAAUUUUCUUUUAGCUGCUGUUUGAUUUUGGUUGUACGAUAUAUAAAUCAUACUUGUUUUCUGUACACGAGAAUCUCAAGUGGACGUUGCAUGCACUAUACAUUAGGACACAUUUAGAAAUUAAUGAGUAACUAUAUGAAUUUAUGUGUUUUACAAAGUCUGUAGCUUCAGUCUAAAACCAUUCUGAAACUCCAGAUACCCUUUCUGUAUGGUUUGUGACUGGCCUGCUGCCUGAGUUUCAGCAAACAAGGGAGGCAUUAUUUUUAUGGAAGGAGGAAUUGAGAUGGUACUGAAGAUGUCUGGCUGAGAGGCACCCUAGGAAGCUGCUUUGUAAGAGAGGAAAGUAAAACACACAGACCAGAAGAAACUGCCGAGAAUCAAACAGCCAUUCUAAAAUAAUCACGAGAAAUCUAAAGACCUGAGUAGUUGUAAGUCCGUAUAUCGUUAUCAGUGAUAAAUGUACAAUGUGUCCUUAAGAGAAAAAGA